AUGCAGUCACAGCAGCACCACUACACCGCAUCCCCCACAGCGUCCCCGGCGCUUAGCCGAGCAGGCGUCUCCUCGACGCCGGUGCUCAUUCUUGACUUGGGCAGCCGCACCAUCAAGUCAGGCCUGCACACCGCGACAACGCCGCACCUCACACCCGCCCUUGUCGGCACCCCAAAAUACCCGCGCUGCCUACCACAGGUAUCGUCGUCGUUCAAUCAGAGUAGCAGCAUCAGCACCAGCUGUUUUGUGGUUGGAAGCGACGCUGCUUCUCGGCGCGGCGUACUGCGGCUCAGUCGGCCCAUACAGCAUGGAGGGGUCAUCAUGGACUGGGUCGGUACGCGCCCUCUGUUGCGGCAGAGCAUUCAGAACGCUCUGGUCCCUCCGUCGUCGUCUCUGGCGGUGCGACAGCCAUUGGAGGAGGGCGAAGAUGUCAUCUACUCACUGGUCGAGAGCCCCUAUGCGUCUCGACCGCAGCGGGCCAGGUUGGCGGAACUCCUCUUCGAAGGCCCCGACCAGGAAGCUGUCAUGAGCGACAGCGGUAAGCAGCAACGCGUGGGUCCUCGUGCGGCCGGUGUUUUCUGCGGCGUAGGGCCGCUGCUUGCCCUGUAUGCCACUGGGCAAACAACUGGUGUCGUCGUCGACGUCGGCGACGGCGCUGUGAGCACUGCAGCGGCGGCCGACGGCUAUGUUCUGCCUCAGUGCCUCCAGCGAGAGGCGGACGGUGCAACGGGGGCAGCCGUUACGUCGUACUUGACGCGCUUGCUGUACCAAAGCGGCGUACUCGGCCCAGCAGCGGCGACGGCAGCUUUCAGGCGAUCAGCGCCGCCAUCGCUCUUGGGCUCCGCGACAAACCACUUGAGUAGCGGUGCUGGCGCCGGCACCCAGCAAGAACGCGAGCUAGUUUACGCGCUCAAGGAGGCGUGCUGUAGCGUGUCUGCCACGCCGCUCUUCUCUACCAAAUCCUCUCUCGCCGCGGCAGACGCCAGCACCGCUGCCACGCCGUCUCUUGCCGAGCUCAACUCUGCGCUGAUUGCCGCUGCUCAGCGCACGCAACAUAGCGGGCCUGGCGGCAGCGGUGCAGCUCACGCCAGCACCCCGUUCUCGCACCCCUUCACGCUCCCCGAUGGCAGCUUUCUCGAAGUCGGCGGCGCGGAAGCCGCGCAAGCGUCGGAGGUGCUCUUCUACCCAGCCCUUAUGGGGAGUGAGGGCCGCGGCGUGGUUGACGUGGUGCUGGACGCGGUGGCCGCCGCUCCUGCGGAACUGCAGCCGCAGCUGCUUGGAAACGUUGUCGUAACGGGUGGUGUGACUUGCAGCGCUGGAUUCGGGUACCGCUUCUUCAACGAGAUGCAGCAGCGUAUUCGCGGGUGUGCUGCGUCGUCCACCAACGGCUCCUCGAAUCAGCGCAUCUGCGUGUCCGCCCCGGAACAGCGCGCUUACGCGGCGUGGAUGGGCGCCAGCUACGUGGCGCAGAUAUCGUCGUUUGCGAGCAGCAUGGUCGUAACGCGCGCGGCCUACGAAGAAGAGGGUGAAGCAGCUCUGGCAAGGAGAGUGUUGACGUAG